AUGACUCUCUACCAACCUUCCACUGGUAUUUUGGAGACGCAUGUGACGUGGCAAGAUGUAGAGGAAGAUAUGCAGAAGGCGUUGGGGACUGAAGCAAUUUUUGGGCCAAAUAAAAAAGCGACAAACAUUGGAGAUAUGAAGGGGUUUAUGUCUCGCAUUGCUUUGAUUGAUCCUGACUGGCAGAGUGUCGAGAAGAAUGAGAAUCUACCAACGAAAUUUGCUGUGAAAAUUUCCUCUCAACUAGCUCAUGUCGCGUUGUCUAAUGUAAUUGGGACGGAUGAGUUCAGCGAAGAAAAAUUGGAGCACAUGUCGACAUUCACAAGAAAAUUUCACAAUCAAGAAGUGGAAGCUUAUAAGUGUUUAAUGAAAUUUGACCAUCCGGAUAUACCGUACACUAAGGUGUACGCUUUGAAACCAUUCUUGAACGACACUGAUCUCAAAGGUUACAUGAUUUUCGAUUUUGUCUCGAAUGUGUAUGCAAUGGGAAUGCAUCAAUCUAUUCCAGCAGAAGACUUGACUCAACUCAUUCGAGGAGUGGCAACAUUUUCAGCUCUUGGAGAGUCAUUGACUCCAGAAGAAACGCAACUUUUUGGAGGGCCAGAAUUCUUGGAGAUUGGUCUUUCGGAAUUUUUUGGAGAAGAACAACUUGAGAAACUGUUCGGGAAUAUGAGGUCAAGUUUUGAAAUAGAGCACUCGGAAAUUGUAGAAAAAGCGAUUCCCAUCUUCCGGCACUACACGAAAUUACUCAAAAAUUACUCUAAAAUAUCUGAACUACUUGGCUUCAAAUUAGUAUUGAACCAUUGUGAUUUAUGGCAAUCAAACAUGUUGCACAGUAUGGGUGAUGAUGGAAAGUUGAAGUUAGAGGCUAUAAUUGACUGGCAAGGAGUGUCAAGAUUGUCUGUUGGAUUUGGCUUGGCGAGGGUGUUUGCUGGAUGUCUGAGCGCGAGAGAUCGUCGCAAACAUGGUCUAUCCCUCUUGUCACUCUAUCAGAAAACUUUUACUGAAGUUCACGGAAAAGAGCUUUUCUCGUUGCAAGAGCUGCAAGACGCCUACAAUCUUCAUCUUCCUAUCAAAGCAAUGAUCCUAGUUCCACUCAUCUUGCCAUUCCUUGACGCCCAGACUUCCGAAAAGGAGAAAGAAAAAUACCAUGAGGAAAACGUGGCAAAAUUGGUUGCACUUAUGGAAGAUGUUCUCAUCGUGCAUGACUAUAAUUUGAAGAAACAUCCAGAAUUUAUGAAGAUAUAA